AUGGCUGCGAAUGCGACAACCUCGCCCCUGGCGACCAUCAGGUAUGGUGCCGCCAACGUCGCGCCUCAGCUGGAAUAUGUCGUCGAGUAUGUAUCGAACGCGAGCGCCUGGACGAUUCUGGCGACUAUUCUAGCCACGCUAGUGGUGUAUGAUCAGUUGGCCUACAUAUGGAACAAAGGGUCGAUCGUUGGCCCGGCGUGGAAGAUGCCGUUCAUCGGCCCCUUCCUUCAGUCCGUCAACCCGAAAUUCGAGGAGUAUUAUGCGAAGUGGUUGAGUGGUCCUCUCAGCUGUGUUUCCGUCUUCCACAAGUUCGUUGUCAUCGCCUCGACUCGUGAUAUGGCGCGCAAGGUGUUCAAUUCACCCGCCUACGUCAAGCCUUGUGUCGUUGAUGUCGCCCACAAACUGCUCGGCGCCGACAACUGGGUGUUCCUGGACGGGAAGGCGCACGUCGAGUUCCGCAAGGGCUUGAACGGCCUGUUCACCCGCCGCGCUCUCGAGAUUUACCUGCCUGGUCAGGAGGAGGUGUAUAACCGGUACUUCAAGGAGUUCGUCGAAGUCACCAAGCAGGCCGGUGGCAAGCCGGUUCCUUUCAUGACGUACUUCCGCGAGGUAAUCACUGCGGUCUCCUGCCGCACGUUCGUCGGCCACUACAUCUCGGACGAGGCCGUCAAGAAGAUCGCCGACGACUACUAUCUUAUCACGGCGGCGCUCGAACUGGUCAACUUCCCUAUUAUUGUUCCGUUCACCAAGACUUGGUACGGGAAGAAGGCGGCCGAUAUGGUGCUGGCCGAGUUCUCGAGGUGCGCCGCGAAGAGCAAGGCCCGGAUGGCUGCUGGCGGCGAGCCCAACUGUAUUAUGGACGCAUGGAUUCUCCAGAUGGUCCAGUCGAAGAGGUGGCGCGAGGCGCAGGAGGAGGGCCUGUCCACCGAGGGCCUGGAGAAGCCGACGCACAUGCUCCGCGACUUCACCGACUAUGAGAUUGCGCAGACGCUUUUCACGUUCCUGUUCGCCUCACAGGAUGCCACCAGCAGUGCCGCUACUUGGCUCUUCCAGAUCAUGGCUCAGCGCCCGGACGUGUUGGACCGUGUGCGCGAGGAGAACCUGAAGGUCCGAAACGGCGAUAUCCAUGCUGCUGUGGACAUGGACCAGCUCGAAUCCAUGGCGUACACUCGAGCCGUCGUCCGGGAGCUCCUGCGCUACCGCCCUCCUGUCCUCAUGGUCCCCUAUGUCGUGAAGAAGCCAUUCCCCAUCAGUGAGACGUAUACCGCUCCGAAGGGCGCCAUGGUUAUUCCCACGACGUAUAUGGCAUUGCGCGAUCCCGAGGUGUACGAGAAUCCUGACGAGUUCGACCCUGAACGGUACUAUUCGGGGGAUGCCGAGGUCAAAGGGGCGAAAAACUACCUCGUUUUUGGCACCGGGCCUCACUACUGCCUUGGGCAGGUGUAUGCUCAGCUCAACCUGGCCUUGAUGAUUGGAAAGGCGUCACUGCUGCUCGACUGGAAGCACCACCCGACACCCAGGUCUGAGGAGAUCAAGGUGUUUGCCACGAUCUUCCCUAUGGACGACUGCCCCUUAACGUUUGAAAACAGGAAGUGGUAG